AAGAGCUCCUAGCAGUCCAGUCAAAUGCAUAAGGUACAACAUGGAGUUGAUGCACAAGCUACGAAAAUGUGGAUCAACAUUUAUACAUUAAACACUAUUUCGCAACGGGAGCUUCUUAUCGUCGUUACACCAGAAAGUUACUCAGCUGAGUCAGCUCGGUUUACCUGGACUUCUGAUCUCUUACAACAGGCUCUGUGGUGUAACUAGUCGGUCACACCAUUCAUGUCUCUCAGGGAAGAAACAAUGCUUUUGAUAGUUGCCGUUUGUCUCUGUUUUUCUUUACCGUCGGUCGUUGGUCAAACUGAGCCUGUUGCGGACUCCUCCUACGUUGCUGCUGUUUAUGAGCACCAUUUAAUCCUGAACCCGGAGCCUCAUGUCCCCCUGUCACGCCCCGCUGCCCUGCAACAUAUGCAGAAAAACUUGGAUAUCUACGAGGAGCAGGCUGCCCGGGCUGCCCAAAAGGGUGCCCAGAUCCUGGUGUUUCCAGAGGAUGGUCUUCAAGGUUUCAACUUCAGCCGAUCGUCCAUCUCUGGCUACCUCGAAACUAUUCCUGACCCCCAGCAGGAGAGCUGGAAUCCCUGCACAGAGCCAGGAAGAUACAACAACACUGAGGUUCUUCAGAGGUUGAGCUGUAUGGCACGUCGUUACAACCUCUACCUGGUGGCCAACAUGGGUGACUUGCAGCCCUGCCCCCUUAAGACCAGCCCUUCCUCCACCUGUCCCUCUGAUGGACGCUGGCAGUUCAACACCAAUGUGGCUUUCAGGUCUGAUGGCCAGCUGGUGGCGCGCUUCCAUAAAUAUAACCUGUACUUUGAGGAGGCCUUUGAUACACCACCACAACCUGAGAUCGUAACAUUUGAUACACCUUUUGCCGGAAGGUUUGGCCUCCUCACCUGCUUUGAUAUCCUGUUCUAUCAGCCCACAGUUGCCCUGGUGGAGAGGGGCGUGCGUCAGCUGAUCUUCCCAACAGCAUGGAUGAACCAGCUCCCCCUGCUGGAUACGAUUCAGUUCCAGCGGGCGUUAAGCCUGGGUGCUAACAUCACCCUACUAGCAGCCAACAUUCGCAACGACCAACUGAUCAUGACAGGAAGUGGUAUCUACACCCCCUUUUCUGCCACCUAUCACCACGCACAGAAAGGAGAUCCAGAGGAGGGCAGGCUGCUGGUGGCCAGGGUGCCAGUCUUGGAGCCACUGUGGGUGGGGCAGAGUGUGGCCACAGAGGAGGGGGUAGUAAGGGCCGAGUCCAAUACAGACUCUGGAUACUGUCACCAAGAGAGCUGUUUUGAUUCUUCUCAUCCUGAAACUGCUUCUGCAGUCUCUCCCUCCUCCGUCACCUUCGUUUCAUCCAUGAUGUAUGACUCAUUUUCAUUUGUGUUGAUAAACGGGACAGAGGGCAAACUUAAUGUGUGUGAUGGCACUUUCUGCUGUCACCUGCAGUACCAGCAGUUACCACAGGGUGGUAGUAAAGAGCUCUAUGCAUUGGGAGCAUUUGCUGGAACUCACACUGUGAAUGGACGCUAUGCCCUGCAGGUGUGUGCAUUUGUCCGCUGUGCGGGGUCGGAGGCCAGUUCGUGUGGACAGGAAGUGGAAGAAGCUGAGACUAAAAUGGACUUCCUGUUGGAGGGGAAGUUUGGGACCAGAUAUGUGUAUCCAUCAGUUUUGGCGAGCCAACUGGUCCUGGAGCAGCCAGAGCAUCUGGAGAAGACUGCAGAUGGCAGAGUGACCAUGAAACAUUCAAACAUGACUGGUGGCCUGGUCACUGCCGUUCUGUACGGACGAAUGUACCACCUGGAUAAUGAAUGACCUAGACCUGGACCUGGACAAUGAAAGCUGCAAUGAUUACUUAAUUAAUUGAUUAGUUGAUUUACAUCAAUUUAAGGGGCAACCAUUUUAGUGAAUAGUUGCUUCUCCAAUGCAAGGAUUCAAUGCUUUUCUUUAACAGACAUGACUGUAAACUGAAUAUCUUUUAGUUUUACACUGUUGGUGGGAUAUGUGGGAAUGUCAGCUUGAGCUGUGAAAUUAUGGGGUGUAUUUUCCACAAUUUUCUGUCUUUUUAAAGACAAAACAAUCGAUUUAAAAAAAAAAAAA